UCCAAUCGGAGAGCGCUGCCGGGUCGUGCCGGGGUCCCGGAUUGUUGUUGUUCUUGUUUCCUGUCAGGCGGCGGAUUAUAGCGGAGAAAGAGGAUCUCCAUCACCUGCACCGCCAUGGGGGAAGCGGACCGGUUCUACUAUGUGUACAGCUGUGACCUGGACAUCAGUGUACAGCUCAAGAUAGGAAGUCUGGAGGGGAAGAGGGAACAGAAGAGCUACAAGGCGGUGCUGGAGGACCCCAUGCUGAAGUUCUCUGGACUCUACCAGGAGACGUGCUCCGAUCUUUAUGUCACCUGCCAGGUUUUUGCGGAAGGAAAGCCGCUGGCUCUCCCUGUGAGGACGUCUUUCAAAGCCUUCAGCACCAGAUGGAACUGGAACGAGUGGAUGAAGCUGCCGGUGAAAUACGCUGACUUACCCAGAAAUGCGCAGGUGGCGCUGACUAUUUGGGACGUAUAUGGACCUGGGAAGGCCAUCCCUGUGGGCGGAACAACUGUGUCACUGUUUGGGAAGUACGGGAUGUUCCGGCAGGGAAUGCACGACUUGAAAGUGUGGCCAAAUAUCGAAGCUGAUGGAUCAGAACCGACCAAGACGCCAGGGAGGACGAGCAGCUCCAUAUCUGAGGAUCAAAUGAGCAGACUGGCCAAGCUCACCAAGGCGCACCGACAAGGUCACAUGGUAAAAGUGGACUGGCUCGACAGAUUGACUUUCCGCGAGAUUGAAAUGAUCAAUGAGAGUGAAAAGCGUAGUUCCAACUUUAUGUACCUGAUGGUGGAAUUUCCAUGCGUGAAGAGCGAUGACAAGGAGUAUGGGAUCGUGUACUAUGAGAAGGAUGGGGAUGAGUCCAGUCCAAUCAGCAGCAGUGCGGAGAUUGUGCGAGUGCCUGACCCUCAGAUGUCUAUGGAAAACCUAGUGGAGAGCAAACAUCACAAACUUGCCAGGAGCCUGAGAAGCGGCCCGUCAGACCAUGACUUGAAGCCAAACGCUGCCACCAGGGAUCAGCUCAAUAUCAUUGUCAGUUAUCCUCCAACCAAGCAGCUGACAUCAGAGGAGCAGGAUUUGGUGUGGAAGUUCAGAUCCUACCUCACAAGCCAAGAAAAGGCUUUGACAAAAUUCCUGAAAUGUGUCAACUGGGAUCUCCCGCAAGAGGCCAAACAAGCCCUGGAACUGCUGGGGAAGUGGAAGCCAAUGGAUGUGGAGGACUCUCUUGAACUUCUGUCAUCCCACUUCACAAACCCUACUGUGCGACGGUACGCCGUUGCUCGCCUUGAGCAGGCUGAUGAUGAGGACUUGCUGAUGUACUUGUUACAGUUAGUACAAGCUCUGAAAUAUGAAAACUUUGAGGACAUAAAGAAUGGAUUAGAGCCCACCAAAAGGGACAGCCAGGGCCCUAUGCUGGACAGCAUGAUGACAUCGGGAAUAAACCCUUCUGAUGUGGAAAGUUCUCAAAUCAUAUCGAGCAACCUCCCGCCUUCCCCAUCCCCGGCAUCCUCUUCUAAGACCAAGGAUGGGCUGGAAGCUGAAAACCUUGAACAAGAUCUGUGCACCUUCCUCAUCUCCCGGGCCUGCAAGAACUCCACGCUGGCCAACUACUUAUACUGGUAUGUGAUAGUUGAAUGUGAAGACCAAGACACCCAACUGAGAGACCCGCGGACUCAUGAGAUGUAUCUGAAUGUCAUGCGGAGGUUUAGCCAGGCGCUGCUGAAGGGCGAUAAGUCUGUGCGAGUGAUGCGUUCGCUGCUGGCGACACAGCAGACCUUUGUAGAUAGACUGGUUCAUCUCAUGAAGGCAGUGCAGCGUGAAAGUGGAAACAGGAAAAAAAAGAAUGAAAGGCUCCAGGCUUUGCUGGCGGACAAUGAAAAGAUGAAUCUUGCAGAUAUUGAACCGAUCCCGCUACCGCUUGAGCCCCAGGUGAAGAUCAGAGGCAUCAUUCCAGAGAAAGCCACACUCUUCAAGAGCGCCCUCAUGCCAGCCAAGCUGUACUUCAAAACUGAAGAUGGAGGGAAAUAUCCGGUUAUAUUCAAACACGGAGAUGACCUCCGCCAGGAUCAGCUUAUUCUGCAGAUCAUUUCCUUGAUGGAUAAGCUGCUAUGGAAAGAAAAUCUUGAUCUCAAGUUAACUCCUUACAAAGUUCUGGCAACGAGCACAAAACACGGAUUUAUGCAGUUUAUUCAGUCUGUGCCAGUUGCUGAAGUCCUCGCCACAGAAGGAAGUAUUCAGAACUUUUUCAGGAAACAUGCUCCGAGUGAUAAAGGGCCUUAUGGGAUAAGUGCAGAGGUCAUGGACACGUAUGUAAAAAGUUGCGCGGGAUACUGCGUCAUCACUUACAUCCUCGGAGUAGGAGACCGACAUCUGGACAAUCUCUUGUUAACCAAAACAGGGAAAUUGUUCCACAUUGAUUUCGGGUAUAUCCUGGGAAGAGACCCCAAGCCUCUGCCGCCACCCAUGAAGCUGAACAAGGAGAUGGUGGAAGGAAUGGGAGGCACACAGAGCGAGCAGUACCAAGCCUUCCGCAAGCAGUGUUACACAGCGUUCCUCCACCUCCGCAGGUAUUCAAACUUGAUCCUCAAUCUGUUCUCGCUGAUGGUGGAUGCCAACAUCCCGGAUAUUGCUCUAGAGCCGGACAAGACAGUGAAAAAGGUACAGGAUAAAUUUAGAUUGGAUCUGUCUGACGAGGAAGCUGUUCAUUACAUGCAGACGCUCAUCGAUGACAGCGUCAACGCUCUCUUUGCCGCAGUGGUUGAACAGAUACACAAGUUCGCUCAGUACUGGAGAAGAUAGAUGGAGCCGGGCUCGGCAAGAUGGGAAAUCGGGAGAAACAGAGAAGGAAAAUGAACAGUAUAUUCAUGAAAAGAGCGCGUCCCAGCAAAUGAAGACACGGCGAUGGAGCCAAAUAAUGACUUGGACAGCGGUCAUGUGACAUGCUCUAUGGUAUGGACGCCCAAUACGGACAAAGCUCAUCAUGGCUUCCUAAGGCCUUAUAGUGCGGCUACAGCUGAUUGAUCUUCUCAGCAGUGUCUCUAU